CAACUAGGAUGGGCUGUCUCUGGGGUCUGGCUCUGCCCCUUUUCUUCUUCUGCUGGGAGGUUGGGGUCCCUGGGAGCUCUGCAGGCCCCAGCACCCGCAGAGCAGACACUGCGACGACAACAGACGACACAGAAGUGCCCGCUAUGACUCCAGCACCGGGUCACGCCGCUCUGGAAACUCAAACGCUGAGUGCCGAGACCUCUUCUAGGGCCUCAACCCCAGCCGGCCCCAUUCCAGAAGCAGAGACCAGGGGAGCCAAGGGGAUUUCCCCUGCAAGAGAGACCAGGACUUUCACAAAAACACCUCCCGACAUCAUGGUGCUGAUUGCCACCUCUGUGGAGACAUCAGCCGCCAGUGGAAGCCCCGAGAGAGGCGGAAUGACCACAGUUCAGACCGUCACAGGCAGUGAUCCCGAGGAAGCCAUCUUUGACACCCUUUGCACCGAUGACAGCUCUGAAGAGGCAAAGACACUCGCAAUGGACAUAUUGACAUUGGCUCACACCUCCAAAGAAGCUAAGGGCCUGUCCUCAGAAAGCGGCACCUCUUCCGACGGCCCCCAUCCGGUCAUCACCCCCUCAUGGUCCCCGGGAUCUGACGUCUCUCUCCUCGCUGAAGCCCUGGUGACCGUCACCCACAUCGAGGUUAUCAAUUGCAGCAUCACAGAAAUAGAAACAACGACUUCCAGCAUCCCCGGGGCCUCAGAUACAGAUCACAUCCCCACGGAAGGGGUGAAGGCCUCGCCCACCUCCCAUCCACCAGCUCUGCCUGACUCCACUGACGCAAAACCACACGUCACUGAGGCCACAGCCUCUGCCGAGACCCUGUCCACAGCUGGCACCGCAGAGUCAGCUGCACCUGAUGCCACGGUUGGGACCCCACUCCCCACCAACAGUGCCACAGAAAGAGAAGUGACAGCACCCAGGGCCACAACCCUCAGUGGAGCUCUGGCCACAGUUAGCGGGAAUCCCUUGGAAGAAACCUCAGCCCUCUCUGUUGAGACACCAAGUUACGUCAGAGUCUCAGGAGCAGCUCCGGUCUCCAUGGAAGCUGGGUCAGCAGUGGACAAAACCACUUCCUUUGCUGGGAGCUCUGCUUCCUUCUACAGCCCCUCGGAAGCCGCCCUGGAGAACUUCACCCCUUCAGAGACACCCACCACGGGCAUCACGACCAAGGGGCCCUUCCCCACCAGCAGGGACCCUCUUCCUUCUGUCCCUCCGACUACAACCAGCAGCAGCCAAGGGACGAACAGCUCCUUAGCCAAGACCACGACCUCAGCGAAAACCCCGAUGAAGCCCCCAACAGCCACGCCCACCACUGCUCGGACGAGGCCGACCGCAGACGGGAGUGCAGGUGAAAAUGGAGGCUUCCUUCUCCUGCGGCUGAGUGUGGCCUCCCUGGAAGACCUCACUGACCCCAGAGUGGCAGAAAGGCUGAUGCAGCAGCUCCGCCGGGAACUCCAUGCCCACGUGCCUCGCCUCCAGGUCUCCUUACUGCGCGUCAGGAGAGGCUAACGGACAUCAGCUGCAGCCAGGCAUGUCCUGUACGCCAAAAGAGGGUGCUGCCCCGGCCUGGGCCCCCACCGACAGACUGCAGCUGCGUUACGGUGCUGAGAGGUACACAAGGUUCCCAGGAAGGGCAGCAAGUCCAAGCCCCUGACCCCAGAUGUGGCAACAGGACCCUCGCUCCCGUCCACCAGAGUAUAUGUGUGGGGAGGGGCUUCACCUGUUCCCAGAGGUGUCCUUGGACUCACCUUGGCACAUAUUCUGUGUUUCAGUAAAGAGAGACCUGCUCACCCA